UUUUUUCUUUCAGAAAGAAAAACCAAGAAAAUAAAGUCGACCCCUAUCGAAAAAAGGCAGUCAACUCAGAGUUCUAGUUGGCAGCAAGAGCCAAGAUCUAUCACCGAUCUCCCUGAAGCACAACAAAGUCUCGUUCACGAAUGCCGCAACCACUGGCAUCAAAUACGCACUCGUUUUAGCCGAAAAAAUCGCCUUUUGGACUGGUACAAUUUCCGCCUGUCCUCUCUCCAACCUCAAGAACUUAUAACUCAUUUGAAUAACAUUUUUACUGACCAGUCCACGGUGUUUAAGCUGAAUAUGUCUUUUGGUUUCAUUCUACGCAACAACGAGACUGGAGCACUUCAAUAUUAUUAUGCCUCCAGAAAUAAUGAGCAAGUCCUUGAAGCGCCCUCUCAAAUUACCACCGCAGCUGACCUUCAGCAAGUUCGUGAAGCAUUGCUAAACCUUGACGUCUGGGAAUGGGUACGCCAGCGACGCCCCAACUCCAAAUGGGUCGUA